GAGACUAUUUUUAGAGUUUUGACGCCACGUGCUGUUUCUAUUUUGGCAUCAGACAAAGACUUGGUUCCCCUCGCCCCACUCUCGGUUGAAAAUAAGACAUCCUUGCGUCACGCCGACGCUACGGUGACGAAGUGCUCUGCUCCGCUCCUCCUUGUCUUCUCCGUCUCUCAUCAGGACCACAGGGAGGAGAUGCGCGCAACUUUGCUGCAGCUCCGUCCGCUCAGUUGAUAUUCGAAAGUGCAGCGAAGCAAAAGCGUCGCUUAGUCAAGUGUUUGGAGUUGCGCAUCCCUGAUGUCGCGCAAGCAGGCGGACCAUGAUUACAACCUGCGGAGUAUGAGCAACCUCAUGGGUGAGCGCUGGAGGAAGGCGAACGACGGAGGAGAGCGGACUCUCAUCAAGGCUCCAUCCAACGCCAGCAUCAGUAGCCUGCAGGUGGCCGCGUCCUCCUCCUCCAGCGGUGGCGCCCCGGUGGCUUCUUCCUCUUCCGCCGCCUCCACCGGGGACCUGGAGAGAGCUGCGCGCAAGCAGUUCAUGCAGGAUGUCACGCCGGGCUUCGUCUACGUGCUGUCCGCCUUCUCCGCUCUGGGCGGGUUCCUGUUCGGCUACGACACCGGGGUGAUCUCCGGGGCCAUGCUGCUCCUCAAGAGGCAGAUGGAGCUGAGCGCCUUGUGGCAGGAGGUGCUCAUCUCAAGUACUGUGGCCGCGGCCGCCGUCGCCGCCCUCCUCGGCGCCUUCCUCAACGGGCUCUUCGGGCGUCGGGUGUGCAUCCUGCUGGCCAGCUUCUUCUUCACCGUCGGCGGCAUCGUGCUCAGUACCGCCCCUGGGAAAGAGGUGCUCCUGGCGGGGAGGCUUAUCGUCGGACUGGGGCUCGGCAUCGCCUCCAUGACGGUACCCGUCUACAUCGCCGAGGCCUCGCCGCCGCACCUACGCGGUCAACUAGUGACGGUCAACACCCUCUUCAUCACCGCCGGCCAGUUUACCGCCAGUCUGGUGGACGGCGCCUUCAGCUACGUGCAGCGUGACGGAUGGAGGUACAUGCUGGGCUUAUCGGUUCUGCCCGCCGUGCUCCAAUUUGUGGGCUUCCUCUUCCUGCCCGAGAGCCCUCGUUGGUUGAUCCAACGCGGACUCACCCAGAAGGCCCGACGCGUCCUCAGCCAGAUACGAGGCAACCAGAACAUCGACGAGGAGUACGACGGAAUCAAGAACAGCAUCGAGGAGGAGGAGAAGGACGGUGGAGGAGAUGGCCCGGUGAUCUGGCGCAUGUUGACCUAUCCUCCCACGCGCCGAGCACUCCUGGUGGGCUGCGGCCUCCAGAUGUUCCAGCAGCUCUCGGGAAUCAACACGGUCAUGUACUACAGCGCCACCAUCCUGCAGAUGUCGGGAGUGCGGGAUGACCGGCUGGCCAUCUGGUUGGCGGGACUCACCACCCUCACCAACUUUCUGUUCACUCUGCUGGGCGUUUGGCUGGUGGAGCGAGUGGGCCGACGGAAGCUCACCCUGGGCAGCAUCGUAGGCACGUGUCUCGGCUUGUGUCUGCUGGCCGUGGGUUUCCUUGUAUCGGCCCAGCACAGUCCCGCGGUCACCUUCCACCCGUUAGACCCCUCCAUGGCUAACUCGACCUGCCUCAAGUACCAGCUGUGCGAGCCUUGCAUGCUGGACCCCGCCUGCGGCUUCUGCUACCGCGAAAACGGCUCGACGCUGCUCACCUCCUCCUGCGUGCCGGUCAAUAGGGCCUCCACCGAACAGGCGGCGUGGGGCAGGUGUUCUAAUUCCAGCCAGAUGAGGGAACACACUUACUGGGCCUACAACUACUGCCCGACCUCCUUCUCAUGGCUGGUCUUACUUGGAUUGAUGUUCUACCUGGCUGCUUUCGCGCCGGGAAUGGGUCCAAUGCCGUGGACUAUUAAUUCUGAGAUCUACCCAUUGUGGGCGAGGAGCACGGGCAACGCGUGUGCAGCUGGAGUCAACUGGACCUUCAACGUGCUGGUGUCGCUCACCUUCCUUCACUUGGCGCAGUACUUCACCUACUAUGGGGCGUUCUUCCUCUACUCCGGCAUGGCCUUCCUGGGCUUCAUCUUCAUCUACGGCUGCCUCCCCGAGACCAAAGCUCGCCGCCUGGAGGAGAUCGAGGCCCUCUUCGAGAACCGGCUGUGCUCGUGCGGCGCGUCCGAUUCGGACGAGGGGCGGCAGGUGGAAUACAUCCGGGUCAAGGGGUCAAACUACCACUUAUCGGACAACGACGCAUCCGACGUUGAUUAGAUGUUAUGUUCGGGGAUUUGUUUUUGGUUGGGAGCCUCCGGUCGACCUUGUGAAUGUUCUAAUCGACGCCAAAUUUGGAGACAUCCUGUAAUUUCUUCCUUCAUGGACACUUGAACAAAUAUUGCACAUCAGUCUACAUAAAGUUGUGGCAAAUCCAUAUCGAGAAUUUCCGUAGCAUAGCACACUCGCCGUCUUUUUAUUUGGAGUAGCUCCCGGUUUCUAUUUUUACGUAGUGAGAGUGGGCAGCUGAAAACUAGUGGCACUAAACAUGCUCACCCCUCCCGCCCCCCUCAUUUAUGAGGAACUCAUUUCUUCUCCUUGGUGAUGUUUCAUUUGCCUCGAAUGGCAAAGCUUUUGGAAGUGCAGUAUUUCAUCCGGUUGUGUACAAUCCUUUUUUUGUUUUCAUUUUCUGUCUUCCACCACAGCCUUAUGUGCAAACAGAUCAAAUUGACCCGUGUGUCAUAAUGACCCGUAGGUAGAAUUUGGCGUCUUCUGUUGUGAGAGUGCACCAUUUUUUUUUUUGAUGGUGAACUUGUUGUAUUUCAAGUAAAAUGUAUUGCGCGUGAAUGUUCAAGAUUGUAUUUAAAUUAAUGUUUGAAAACAAUUCCUAAAGAUUUAAUGCAAA